UGUCUCCCUGCGCUACCCUUGCGACCCCCUCAAACUCAAUUGCUUGCAACGCCGAACUUUCCUAUUUUUGCUUGUCACUAGUCAGAGUUUAUAUCUCCAAUGAAAACUUGGACUUUUGACCUCCCAAAAGUACCAACAAGAUCCAAUUUGCUUCCAGAAACCACCAUCAAACACACGUCAUAAUAAAAUCGCUCUACUCAGAAUCUAAAACAAUUUAAUUAUCCCUAGGUAUUCAGUUUUAAAUAACAGUCUAUAAAUUAAACUUAAAGUUCAUCGCUGAAUGUUAUUGUUUAGUGUGACAACUUUAUUGGAAAUGGAACCGAAACUUAUCUCCAUGACUCCUUCUGAAAAGAAAAUUGGAUGAUUACGCUUGUUCGUCAUUACACCCAUGACCCAUCGUACACGGUACGAUGAUGAACACUAACUAAACAUUGUUGGCAACGGUCACAUCGGUGGCUUAAAUUCGACUUUUACCUGUGGAGGGGGGAGGUAAUUCACGUUUAAUUUGAAUAUUUGAAAACGUAUACUUAUAUUUAAAAUAACAGAUUCUGUCUGGAUUUUCAAUAAUUUGAUAUUUCUUUGCUCAUUGAAUUUAUAAUAGGCACCUACUGUUGUACUUCUAGGUAUUUAUAUUUUUAACCGUGACCUUUUUUUUACUCUGGGGGGUUAAACAGUUUUUACCAUACCUGUAGAAUAUUUUUACAGUCUUGAAUCUAUAAAAAUAGGAACGAAGAUGUUUUUCUUUUUAAAUUUGACGGUACUCAGUUAUAACUCUAACGUGGACUCAAAAUUAGUAUGCACCUAUAACAACCCGGGACUCAAUUCGUUCUACAAAGUUGUAUUGGGACUAGGUUCGUAAUUCGUAUGCAGUCAUUUACCUGUUAUAGACCAGCGAUUGCACUCACGCGUCCUUGUGGGGGGGUCGUCGACAUACGUUCUCGUUAAUUCUAGAUAAUGGGAAAAUACUAAAUGGAAAAACGACGACAUUUAAUGAUAUGACCGUCGCGGAGGGCGUUUGCGCGGUUUUCGGCCGUAACCUUUGGGCGAAGGGUACGGGCGGCCGAGCGCCUGUCUCGACUAUUCCCUUCCCGACACCACGUGCUCGCGAGCUUUAUAUUCGAACACUCGUGCCCGCUGGUGGUUAGUACAGCGCGCGAAAAGCACCGAACUCGAUUAUACAUUCGUCGUCGGCGUCUAAGUGUUCGGUCUUUUUAUUGUUGGUGUUUUUUCCACCCUCUGGCCACUUACUACUGCAGUAUUUUACGGCCCGUCGUCAGAUAACUUCUUGUCGGAACAGUUCAAUUUUUUCAAAACCGUGUUCCUCGAUAAACGGGCACACGAAUAUCAUACGUAUAUAAAAUGGGGUGCGGUGGUUCGACAAUGCCAAUGCCGGCCAUGCCGACCGAGGAAUUCAGCAAAAUGAGAUUGGAAAUACCAUCACCUAUUGCGUUUAGCGUUCCGUUGACCGAAGAAGAAGAGAGUGUCGUAAAAAAACAUCCACCGAAGAGACUGAGAAUGAUGGAGGGACAACAAUCGCCGCCGCUAACCCACGAGAUGCUGUUGGAGAAACUGGCGGAGGCCGAUAAUAGACGACAACAGAUCCUAAGCCAGAGGAUAGAAUCGGCCAAGACGCUGAUGCGGCCGAGAUACAACAGCGCGAACAAGAUGAACGCCGACGACGCGUUGGUGGAGAAUACAGACGUCGUGGGCGACGAAGAUUCUUAAAAAAAUAUAAUAAUUAUACCUAUUUAAUAUUAUUUAUAUACCAUAAAAUAUGUCCAUAAUAAUUAUUAUACUGUUCUAUCGUGUAUUAGACAAGAACGAUACUGUCGUACUGUUUACGUAUUUAUUAUACACGUAUAUAAUUAUAAUUGUAUAAUAUUAUGAUAUUUUAUUAUAAUUUAUAGCCGUUUACCUAUUUCAUUUUUACACGCGCUUUUAAUGGUUGCGUUUUGUAUAUUAUUAUUAUUAUUAUUAU